AUGAGAAACGAAAUCCAAAACGAAGCAGCUCAGACUGAGUCACAGGGAAGUAUGUUUUCUUUUUUCAAUUUGUUCCCUCUUCUCCUCCCAAUAUUUGAGGUUAUCAAGAUGGUUGUUGCUUCCGUUGCCUCCGUAGUCUAUUUAGGCUUCGCUGGUGUAACACUCGGUGGUUCAGCCGUGGCAUUAGCUGUAUCUACACCCCUUUUCAUCAUAUUCAGUCCCAUUCUCUUACCCGCUAUUGCAGCCACUACUGCCCUAGCUGCUGGGCUCGGCGGUAAUAGAUUUACGGCUGAGCCAGCAGCAUCUCCGGCUGGUUCACCAUCAUUAUCUCUGUUGGGCAUACCAGAGAGUAUUAAACCAAGUAAAAUGAAGAACGAAAUUAAGGAGAAGAAAGGCAAAGUUAAGAAUAAGAUCAAAGCCAAAAAAGGAAAAAAAUCUAAAGGUAAAGAUAAAGAUACGACUACGGAUGACGAUACGACUACGGAUGACGAUACGACUACGGAUGAAGAAUAA